CCAAAGACCUUAUGACAUCAUAAGUUAUAUAACGUUGUACCGCAGCGCUGUUUCAGAAUUCUCAAUUCUGAUUGGUCGAAAGGCGUUGAUUCGUCUUCAGUAGCAUCAGCUCUGACUAUAGUGUUGGCUGCGAGGUGUAUAUAAAAGUGCUUGUUUGAAUUUCUGCAGAAAACGUGUCAUUCUUUUGCUGUGGAGUACUGUAACAGGAAUGAAAACUUUUGUUUUGUUUUUGUUUUGUUCUGUCCUGUCAUGUCUUGUGAAGGGGCAGUGGUGGCUUGGCAGUAAAGGCUCUGGGUAACUGAUAGUAAGGUUGGGGGUUCAAGCCCCACUGUUGGGCCCCUGAGCAAGGCCCUUAACCCUCUCUGCUCCAGGGGCGCUGUAUCAUGGCUGACCCUGCGUGCUGACCCCAGCUUCCUGACAUGCUGGAGUAUGCGAAGAAAAUAAUUUCACUGUGCAUAUGUAUACGUGAUCAAUAAAGACUCAUUAUCAUUAUGUUUUGUGUCUCCUCAGCACAUGCUGGUACGUUAUUUUGCAAGAGGACGUGAGGAUGUCUGCAGCAAGACAAUGUGCCACGUGACAUCCCACGAGGUUUCAUGGUUCUGAGCUACAGACUUGAAGACUUUGGAUUGGAUUCUGUGUCACUCUGCAACGGCCACAUAAGAUCUGUGGACUCGUUUUCCCAGAAUGCCCAUGUGUUGGGGUGAAGAAGGAGAAGAAGAAGAAGAAGAAGCCUAGUACAGGAACUUAACUGCGGUCUCUCAGUGUGGAGAGGCUUUUAGUCUGAAACGCUGCGAUGGAGAAGAUGGCCUCCGUCGGCACCGUCAGUGGCCGAACCAUGUUCUGCCUCCUGGAUGCUCCAGCCAACGCCAUCAGCGUGUGUCGGGAUGCCACGCAGGUGGUGGUGGCUGGGCGCAACAUCUUCAAGAUCUUUGCGCUUGAAGAGGAAGGAUUCGUGGAGCGGCUGAACCUGCGCGUGGGCCGCAAACCGUCGCUGAACUUCAGCUGCGCUGACGUCAUGUGGCACCAGGCCGAUGACAGUCUCCUGGCUACGGCCGCCACCAACGGCGCGGUGGUGACGUGGAACCUGUCGCGGCCGUGCCGUAACAAGCAGGAGCACCUUUUCGCCGAGCACAAACGCACCGUCAACAAGGUGUGCUUCCACCCCAGCGAGGCGCACAUGCUGCUCUCCGGCUCUCAGGACGGCUUCAUGAAGUACUUCGACCUGCGCAAGAAGGAGAGCGUCAGCACCUUCUCCGGUCAGUCGGAGAGCGUUCGAGACGUGCAGUUCAGCACGAAGGACUUUUUCACGUUUGCGGCGUCGUUCGAAAACGGGAACGUGCAGCUGUGGGACAUCCGCAGACCUGACCGUUAUGAGAGGAUGUUCACUGCUCACACCGGCCCCGUGUUCUGCUGUGACUGGCACCCUGAGGACAGAGGAUGGCUAGCGACGGGUGGGCGUGACAAGAUGGUGAAAGUGUGGGACAUGACGACCAACCGCGCCAAAGAGAUCUACUGCGUGCAGACCAUCGCCUCGGUGGCGCGGGUCAAGUGGCGGCCAGAGCGUCGCUGGCACCUGGCCACGUGCUCCAUGAUGGUGGACCACAACAUCUAUGUUUGGGACGUACGCCGGCCCUACAUCCCGUUCGCCACCUUCGAGGAGCACAAGGACGUCGCCACGGGCAUCGUGUGGCGCAACCAGCACGACCCCGACGUACUACUCUCCGGCUCCAAAGACAGCACGCUGUACCAGCACAUGUUCAACGACGCCAGUCGGCCAGAGGUGCGUGCCAACCCCGAGGGCCUCAGCUUCGGUCUGUUCGGAGACCUAGCCUUCGCCGCCAAGGAGAGCCUGAUGGCGGCCGACGGUGGGCGCAAGCCGUGCCCGGGCGGAGACCGCCGCUACCCUAUCUUCUUCUUCAAGAAGCACGACGUAAUGGAGCGCUUCGCACAGGUCUCCAGUGUACUCAGUGUUUUCGAGUGCGAUCCCGACGGUGGCGGCGCCAGGAUGGACUGGUUCAUCGAGACGGCGUCCAGGUACCAGCUGAGCGGGAGACCCUUUGCUGAGCUCUGCGACCACAACGCCAAGGUCGCCAAGCAGCUCAACAGACCUCAGGUGUCGACCACGUGGACCAUGCUACGGAUAAUGUAUUCCGACCCGGGUCACCCGACACCACCGGCUAAUCACAACAUGAGUAAACUGGGUAACAUGCCCCUCAUGAACAGUUUCAAUACGAAGGAUAUGAGUGCUGCUCUGAACGAGAGAAACAAAGAGAAUAGACAGGACACCCUGGAGACAAACCUCAACAACGACGAGAACGAAGAAACGGAGGGAAGCGACGGUCAGGCCGAGUAUCUGUUUGGAGAGGCCGAGUUGGAUGACGACGACCUGUACAGCGUGGAGCACGACAAUCAGGCAGCAGAGGAGGCGGAGUUUUCUCUCCCCCAAGAGGCGUUCCCGCUGCGGCACGAGAUCGCGGAACACGCGCCGGCGCCCGAGCUGCUGGCCGAGAAAGCCGAGUCUCCGCAGGCAAGCGGCGGCGAGACGGAGAGCGUGUGCCUGACGCCCAUGGAGUCGUUCAGCCUGAUCUCGGUGUCGCAGUUGCUCUUCCAGCCGCGCCUGCUGCCCAGCUUCUUCAACGCCAUCGUCAAGGACACGCUGGCCUACUACGCCGAGCAGGGUGACGUCCAGAUGGCCGUCUCCGCGCUCAUCGUCCUCGGCGAACGAAUCCGCAGGGAGAUUGACGAGCUCACACAGGAACACUGGUACAUGUCCUACAUCGACCUGCUGCAGAGGUUCGAGCUGUGGAACGUCAGCAACGAGGUGAUCAAACUGAGCACGUGCAGCGCCAUCACAUGUCUGAACCAGGCGUCCACCACGCUGCACAUCAACUGCAGCAACUGCAAACGACCCAUGAGCAACAAGGGCUGGAUCUGUGACAGGUGCCACCAGUGCGCGAGUGUAUGUGCAGUGUGUCACCACGUCGUGAAGGGUCUGUUCGUGUGGUGUCAGGGCUGCAGCCACGGCGGCCAUUUGGAGCACGUGAUGGAGUGGCUCAAGAGCUCCAACCACUGCCCUGCUGGGUGUGGACACCUGUGUGAAUAUGCCUGACACACACUCUCACACACUCGCGCACACACACUAUAGUACAUUUUAGAAUGUCAGUGUGUGCUUAUGAAUGAAAGUGCUGCUACGGACAAUGAAUGACCCUCUCAACCACACACACACACACACAGAUAUAGCACCAGCCACAAAGUGUAUUUCUGUAAGAUACCCUUCUUCUACAAAAAUACUUUUGUUCUACUUUAAAAUAUUGCAUUGUCAAAUACAAAUCUGUAAAAAAAAAAGAAAAGAAAAAUAUUGUAAAUAUUUUUUAUUCAGUCAUUUCAGUUGUUUCCAACAGACACUGUAGCAAUAAAGUGCGUUCCUUCUCCCUCCAUCUUGUAAUGAAUACACAUAACAGCCCUUAUUGAUCAAAGAAAACACAUCUCUUUAUUGUUCCAUUCACAUAAAGGGAUCUUUUCAGAUACGGAUUGCUGAUUGGCAAAACAUUUUCAUAGGCCAAACUGAACGAAAAGUUUAGAAAACGCUGAUUUUUCUCCAUACUCGUGUGCACAUGUUGUUAAAAUGCCAAUCACGUGCAAAUAACCAUGUGUGUUUCGUGGCAUAUUUACGUUAGGUGACGCCCACAAAACUCCAUAAAAGGCAACUAAAUGCUAAAGGAGUAACUCAAGUACAAUCUUCCAGUAAUGCAGCUCAGCCACUGUAGCGAACUGGCUAACAAAGAUAUAAACUAAAACUUCCUCUCUUUAAUAUUAAUAAAGGUGAUACACUCAAUCAAAUGACGCAUGAAAUUGACCUUUUGUAGUCAUUUUUACAAUUUAAAUGAACAAAAAACAAAUCAGUCACACGGAAAAAGUAAGUACACCCCUACAUUUAUCACACCUUCAAAUCCAUAAAAUUUGAAUCAGGUGUUCAAGAUUGGGUGCCAGUGAUUAGAACCCGUCUUAUUUAUACCUCUCUUAUAUCUAGUGUCUGGUGUUCCCUUUGUUAUUGAAGUGUGUGGUGUCAUCAUCAUACCAAGAUCUAAAAAGUUCUUUAAGGCCUUCAGAAAAACGGUUGUCGAUGCCUAUGAGUCUGGCAAGGGAUUUAAAAAGAUCUCCAAAUUAUUUGAAAUACAUCGUUCCACUGUGAGGAAAAUCAUCUACAAAUGGCAUAAACGACUGCCAGUUUGUCCAGGACUGGACUGGCCGUCCCAGCAAAUUCAGCAAAAUCGGAGAACCCCAAAAUUUCAUCACAGGAUCUGCUAGUAAGUCAAAGUGCAUGCUUCUAUAAUCAGAAAGAGAUUGCACAAAUUUGACCUGCAUGGGAGGCGUGCCAGGAAAAUGCCUGCAAGACUACAGUUUGUCAUUGAAUAUAUAGGAAAAGACCAGGCCUUUUGGAGUCAUGUGUUCUGGACAGAUGAAUCAAAGAUAGAGUUGUUAGGCCACAGUAAAAGCAGACAUGUUUGGCACAGACCAGAGACAGCUUUUCAGCAGAAGCAGCUCAUACCAACUGUGAAGCACGGUGGUGGAAAUGCUAUGGUUUGGGGUUGCUUCGCUGCCUGAGAGACUGGACAGCUUGCAUUCAUCGAUACCACUAUGAAUUCUGCAUCAUAUCAACGAGUGCUUAAAGAUAACGUGAGGGGCCAUCUGUCUGAAAGUGGAUAAUGAUCCUAAGCACACGAGCAAAUCCACUAAGUAAUGGGUCAAAAAGAAGAAAUGGAGGGUUAUGGAAUGGCCGAGUCAAAGCCCGGAUUUGAAUCCCAUUGAAAUGUUGGGGGGGGGGGACAUGCAAGAAAACCCUCAAAAAUCUUGCAACUGAAAGAAUAAUGCAUGCAAGCGUGGUCAUAAAUUCCAGCAAGCCUGGUGGACAGUUAUACAAAACACCUACAAGAAGUUAUUUCUCCUAAAGGAGGCAAUACUUACUUUUUUUCUCCUAAAGGAGGUGUGCUUACUUUUUCCUCAGAAGAAUAUCACAUUUAUUGAUAUUUCUGUUAAAUAAAUGAUUGAAAAAAGCUCA